GAAAAUACUCAGUUGUCUGAAAUCUGAAAGUAUACACAUCGAGCUCUUGUCAAGAAAUAGCUCAAACAUCCCGUCUCCGCCAUGGGUCGAUUGAAACAAAAAGGAAAGGCUGGUGCAGCAAAGGCCUAUGUUACGCGGUCAUCUGCUGUGAAAAAACUUCAGUGCUCUCUGGCUGACUUUCGCCGACUAUGUAUCCUCAAAGGAAUCUUCCCUCGUGAGCCCAGACAUAAGAAACGGGCGAACAAGGGAUCAACAGCACCGACGUCAUUUUACUAUGCGAAAGAUAUCGCUUACCUCGCUCAUGAACCAGUCCUCAAUAAGCUGAGGGAGCACAAAGCCUUUGCGAAAAAAAUCUCUCGAGCACUUGGACGAGGAGAGUGGUCAACUGCGAAGAACUUGGAGGAUAAUAAACCUGUAUACCGAUUGGAUCAUAUUAUCAAAGAGAGGUACCCAUCAUUUAUCGACGCAGUACGAGACAUCGAUGAUGCACUUUGUAUGAUUCACCUUUUUGCAUCUCUCCCUUCCAAUCCUCGGGUUUCGCCCGCUCUCAUCGAAAACUGUGCUCGUUUGACUGCAGAAUGGCAAUUAUAUGUCAUGCACACGCGGUCACUACGAAAUGUUUUCUUGUCUAUCAAGGGUGUAUACUACCAAGCAGAAGUGAUGGAUCAAAAUGUAACCUGGCUCGUGCCAUAUCAGUUCCCUCAGAACAUACCAUCUGAUGUGGAUGUCCGUGUUAUGCUUACCUUCCUUGAACUGUACCAGACGUUACUUGGGUUCGUGUUUUUCAAGUUAUAUACAGAUGUUGGACUCGUAUAUCCGCCACCAUUGGAUUCUGGCAAGGACGAAUCUGGAGCUGGUGUUGGAGCGUUCGAUCUUCGAUCAACAAACCCUAACCCAGCUGCUGGAGCACCGAAGAACGAUACACCCAAGGUAUCCAGCAAGGAAGUCCGGCAGACAAUCAAGAACAUCACUGCAGAAUCAUCCUCGGUGCCUCCUACUGAUGUAGAUCUUGAUCGCAUUGAUCGCACCAAUUCCUUUCCCGAUGCCGCUGAGGAGGAAUUUGUACCGCAAGCUUCAAAAUCUGAUCUUGAUGUACCGUCGUUGCUCCCUACACUUCUCUCACUCUCAUCCUUACCAAAAUCAUCAUCGACAAACAUAUUUGCCCCAUACACUUUUUGGCUAUCACGCGAAUCAUCACGAUCAAUAUUCGAGUUCCUUAUCGGGUCUUUUGGCGGUCGUAUAGGCUGGCCGGUCUCAUCAGGAGGUGGCUCGCCAUUUACGGAGGAUGAUGAGGCAAUCACCCAUGUCAUUAUUGACAGGCCCGCUGCCAAGGGUGAUACAGCCCAGGAACGAGAACGUAGAAGACAAAGGAAGUAUGUACAACCUCAGUGGGUGGUUGAUUGCAUCAACGCUGGAAAAAUCCUGCUCGAGGAUCUUUAUGCCCAGGGGAAGACACUUCCACCCCACCUAUCACCAUUUGGCGAACGAGAUGGAGCAUAUGACCCAACCAUUGGCCUGGCGAACGUCGAAAAUUCGUUGGUCGAAGUCGACGACGCUCAGCUCAGUGAGGACAGUCAGGAGAUAGAAGACUGUGAGGGAGACGUAACUUCAAUGGCUGCCUUGGCGGCCUUGCGUGCGGCGGAGCUUGCAGCAGAAGCAGCAGGCGUCGACUAUGGCACUUUCGAGAAGGAGGUACAAAAGAAACAGAAACAGCAGAAGCACAAGGAAGACGCUGUUGUCGAUGGCAGUGGUGAGGAAGACAUGAACAAGAUUUUGAUGAGCAAACGCAAGCGUCAGUUGUACGAAAGAAUGAAAUACGGGGAGAAAAAACGAGCUACUGAGCACGCCAAACUCGAAGAAAAGAGGACGAAGAUUGAGAAGGACAGACGACGGAAGGCCAGGGUAUUAUGAGAUUUGUUGUAGUCUUAAGUCCCCAUCAUAUCUAUGCUCGUCCUCACAGGUGUCACCGCCGGUGCGAAUAUACCGAAUCCCACGAAAAGUAUUAGUAUUAGCUAACUCAUUGGUGGGCCGAAGAGGACGAUAUUACGAUCUUGAAAGUUCGUUCAACGUGU